AUGAAGACAAAUGAAUUGUCUGAAACUUGUCAGAACGGAAUUCAGAAGGCCUGUAUUGCUAUCAAAAAUUCGUGUGAGGAAGAGUGAGUUUAGAGCAAAAGAAAAUUUGAAUUUUCAAAUUUUGCCACGUGGAUUUUUGGCGCGAAAUUUGAAAAAUUAUUGGAAUUUUUUUUUUGGAAAAAUUUACUGUUUCAAAAUUUUUUUCAAUAAACUGAAUUUUCAGAAUUUUUUUGAUUUCUAGUUUUUCGCGCCAAAACUUCUCCAUCUUCAUAAAAUUUUAUCAACAAAAGAAAAUUUGAAUUUUCAAAUUUUUCCACGUGUAUUUUUGGCGCGAAAUUUGAAAAAUUAUUGGGAUUUUUUUUUGGAAAAAUUUACUGUUUCAAAAAAAUUUUAAAACAAAAAUUUUUUUUUUAGUUUUUUUCAAAAAUAAAAUUUAAUUGUGAAAAAUUUACUGUUUCAAAAAGGUUAGAUGCAAAUUUGAAGAUUCGAAAAAAUUUUGCUGUAUUUAUGGCACGAAAAUUCAUCUUUCAAACGAUACUCCGCAUUUACACCAUCCCAAAAGAUCCCAAUUUUUUCCAGUAACCUACUUCAAGCUCGCGCCAAAGCUGCAGCCGAAUAUGAAAGUGAAUUCGGUCGAAUGAUCUACACAAUCUCAAUUCUAAUCAUGUUCUCAUUUGUGAUUAUUUUAUUGAUGAUUCGAUCGAUUAAAAGAACACAUUCAACUGUUGAGGUGAGAUAUUUUUGAGGAAAAAAAUAUGUUGUGACGUCACAAAGAUUAUCCUAAAAAUUUAAUCCAAUUUUUUUCAACGUCAAAUACAACAUUUGAAUUUUCCAAAUUUCCCGCUCAAUAUUUCUGGUGUAAACGCGGAGCAUCGUUUUAACAUUUUUUGACGACACAACAUUUAUUAUCAAAAAAAAAACACGAAAAAUUUAAUCCGAUUUUUUUGAUGAGAUAAAUAUUUGGGGAUUUUUGUAAUUUUUUUUUAUCACGAUUAAAAAUUCUCUGAAAAUUUUGUCUGAAAGUGCAAAUUCAUUUUUUGUAUUCCCAUAUGACAGCUGAUUUUGUUUGAGUAAUCAAAAAUUUUUGAACUCAAAAAAAUUCUGAAAAUUGAAAGUACAUAAUUUUUUAAAAAUGAAAAUUGGAUUCUAAACGAUGCUCCACAUUUACACCUUGAAAAUUCGAGCGGGAAAUUUGAAAAAUUCAAAUAUUUUCUCUCAAAAACCAUGUUUUUCGGGAAUUUAUACGAUGCUCCGCAUUUACACCUUAAAAAAUCGAGCGGGAAAUUUGAAAAAUUCAAAUUUGUUGGCCCAAAAACCAUUAAACGAUGCUCCACAUUUACGCCUUGAAAAUUCGAGCGGGAAAUUUGAAAAAUUCAAAUUUGUUGGCCCAAAAAGCAUGAAACGAUGCUCCACAUUUACACCUUGAAAAUUAGAGCGGGAAAUUUGAAAAAUUCAAAUUUGUUGGCGCAAAAACCAUGAAACGAUGCUCCGCGUUUACACCUGGAAAAUUUGAGCGGGAAAUCUGAAAAAUUCAAAUUUUUUGGCCCAAAAACCAUGAAGCGAUGCUCCGCGUUUACACCUUUAGCGGGAAAUAUGAAUAUUUUGAAUUUUUAAACGUUUGGCGCCAAAAAAUGGAAAAUCUAGAUUUCAAACGAUGCUCCACGUUUACACCUUGAAAAAUUCGAGCGCGAAAUUUGAAAAAUUCAAAUUUUCUCAGAUGGACGCUCUCCUCGACGCAAUGCGAUUCCGCGAAGAACUCGACAUCCGCGAUCGUCAACGCCGUCGUCUUCUCAAAGCCAAAACCAAAGUGACCGCCUGGCUAAAUCGUGCCCAACAAAAAACCACACCACAACAACAGCAACCCGCAUCAAAACCAGCUUCCCAAAAUCGCAAGGAAUCGGAUUGGAAGCCGACAGUUCCACGUCAACGCCAGCAGCACUACAGUAUUUCGACAAUGACUUCGGAUAUUCCCGAAAUUGUGGUUAGUGCUGAUGAUUCGCAUUAUACAGGAGGAGGUGCAGGAUAUCCGAAUCGACCACAUACUCCAGCCAUUUCGCUGAUCUAUGAUUUUGCAGUCACUAAUGAGACGGAGGAAGAUCAGUGAGUUUAUUUUUUGCAUAGAAUAUAGGGGAGUAGCUGAAGCUAAGGUCUUGCCUAAGCCUAAGGUCUUGCCUAAGCCUAAGGACUUACCUAAGCCUAAGGUCUUGACUAGGCAUAAGCCUAAGAUUUUCCCUAAGCCUAAGAUUUUGCCUAAGCCUAAGGUUAUGCCUAAGCCUAAGCUCAAGAUUUUCCCUAUGCCUAAGAUUUUCCCUAAGCCUAAGGACUAGCCUAAGCCUUAAGACUUGUCUAAGCCUGAGGACUUGACUAAGCCUAAGGUCUAGACUAAGCCUAAGUUUUUGUCUAGGCAUAAGCCUGAGGUUUGAGCUAAGCCUAAGGACUUGCCUAAGCCUAAGGUCUUGCCUAAGACUUUGCCUAAGGACCUCUUGCCUAAAGACUUGCCUAAGGUCUGCCUAAGCCUAAGUUUUUGACUAAGCCUAAGAUUUUGUCUAAGCCUAAUUUUUUGUCUAGACAUAAGCCUAAGAUUUUCCCUAAGCCUAAAAUUCUGUCUAAGCCUAAGGUCUUGAGCUAAGCCUAUGGCCUAGCCUAAGGCUAACUAAGGUCUAACCUUGUACGCCUAAAAGUCUUAGCCUAAGUUUUCCAGAUCUCAAAUUUCUGAAAUUUUCUCAAAAUAUUUUUUGUGCCAAAUUUUUUCCUCAGAAUUUCAAUUUUUUCGACCAGAAAUUCUGAAAAGUUCAGUUUUUUUCUGAAAAAUUCCAGAAACAUUUUUUCCAAAAAAAAAAAAAAAAAAAAAAAAAAAUUAAAAUUAAAAAAUAGCUAAGCCUAUAGGCCUUAUGAUAACUUGUCUAAGCCUAAGGUCUUACCUAAGCCUAAGAUUUUGUCUAAGCCUAAAGACCUAAGGUCUUGCCUAGAAUUUCCAGAUCUUAAAAGUUCUGAAAAUAGCCAACUUUUUUUCUGUACUAAAAAAAUUGUUCCUCAUUUUCUCUGAAAAAUUCCAGCUCCAUAAAUAUUUUUUCCAGACGAAAAACCUCACUAGCCUCUUCCGUCUGCCUUCCAACAUCUUCCUCAUCCUCCUCAAUUGCGUCAUCAAUCGAUAAUCGAUCGAUGAAAGGCUGUGGCUCGAUUCGAACUUUUAGUCUGGAGACGAAUUCCGGAGCGACGAGAUCUGCGAAAAGAGUUGAUGUUGAUGACAAAUCUUUCAGUCUGGAUACUUGA